AUGGCUCACAAUGUAACAUUCAUCCACAGCAAAGAAUCUCCAGUCUUCACCUGCUUUCUUUUGAAGUACAGUUCUCUGAUUCUGGGCUCUCUACACAUCAAAGUGAUGACUACUUCUCUUCUGUUCAGUUCCAAGGCCAUCACUUGCCUUCUGUUCCUGAUCAUCGCCAUUGGAUGCGCCCGCUCGGCAAGGAACCUUGAUGAGGUCGACCCUCAACCUCAGAUCAUCACCGGUCCUCUUGGACCAACCAAUCCCGGCAGGGCACUUGUCCCCAAUGUGGCCGGCCCCGCCAACACGUUACCAGGCGGUGGAGUCCCCGUCGCUGCCCCUGCCACAGUGGAUGAGAGCACGGACUCUCCUCUCCCUGACAACGACGACACUGCUGGACCCGUUGCUGAGGUGGCCCCUGCAGCCCCGGAAGACACCAAUGCGCCUGAACCUGAAGCACCUAGCAUCGUGGCAACGCCCGUCGCCAACGUGGCACCGACUGUGACAAUUCCAGCACCAGGUGGGGCCACCACGGUCGCUACCACUACUGCUGUGGCAGCAAAGCCCGGUGCCGGCCCUCAGUUAUCCUUCUUUAUGCAUGACAUAUUGGGCGGAUCGCACCCGUCGUCCAGAGUGGUGACGGGAAUUAUAGCCAAUUCGGGCGCCAAUGGCCUCCCGUUCUCUAAGCCCAACAACAACAUCUUCCCCAUCAACGGCGGGGUCCCGUUGGUCAACAGCAACCUCAACGGACUGAUCAACAACAAUAACCUCCCUAGCCUCACUGGCCUCAAUGGCGGGCAAGCGAACACCAUUAUUCAGAACAGUGGCAACAACAACCAAGUCUCAGGCGGCAACAACCAGCCAUUCAUCACCGCCGGGCAGCUCCCUGCUGGGGCCACGCUUCAGCAGCUCAUGUUUGGGACAAUCACAGUGAUCGACAACGAGUUGACCGAAGGGCACGAGUUGGGCUCCUCCGUACUUGGCAAGGCACAAGGGUUCUAUUUGGCUAGCUCCUUGGACGGCACUAGCCACACAAUGGCAUUGACGGUGUUGUUCCCUGGCAGCGACCAUGAAAUAGACGAUACCAUCAGUUUCUUUGGGGUCCACCGCACAGCUUCAGUGGAGUCUCAGGUCGCAAUUGUCGGCGGGACGGGAAAAUACGAGCACGCUAAAGGUUAUGCCACUGUUGAGACACUUCCUCAGGAAGAUCAGCACACAACAGAUGGAGUGGACACCAUUUUGCAUUUCAACGUUUUUUUCUCUGAGUAG